AUGGAGCAAGCAGAUAUGAUUCACUUAUUCAACACAUCGUGGACCCUCCACCGUCUCUCCCCUCUCCACCACGGGAAAGACAGCAAGACCCUGUUAAAUGACGAGACCGCCCUAAGAACAUACGCAACGCGUCUCCGGGAUCAUCUAACCGGCGAUGCUCUAGCCGGAUUGCAAACACGCACAGCUACAGCAGAAGACGACGCGCUCUCUAAAACAGGCGCUCUGAAAGAUUGUUUCUGGCAGCCAAUCUCAACACGCGACGAUGCGCCCAGCACUGCAUUCCCGGGAAUUCUGAUCACGCUCGAAUAUGAAAACAUCAUCUACAAAGCUGCUCUACUCGCCGAGCCGGAAUCAGAUCCCAGUCACCGUAAAGACUCGACUUCCCUUCCGCUCCUCUUAACCAGAUUCCCCUCUGCGCUGCGCCAAACCUUCAUCUCAUUCUUGGCGACUAAUUUCGAUACUUACUGUUCGAAUCUCCGCCUUUCCUCUGCUUUCCUCUGCUCCGGCUUAGAGAUGUACGUUGAUGUUUUGCGCGAGAAACGGGGAUCCAUGGAGGAUGCCAUCAAGGAGCUACAGCUUACGCUUGCCUUUUCGGCGUCUAUCGCACCGGAUUUGAAGACUCUCAAUGUCAGUGUUUCGCGUGUUUCGUUGGCUGAGUUCCUGCGUGAUCAAUCGGCGCCGAAAUCGCGUACUUUGCAGCAGAAAUUGAAGAGCCCUUUUAUUGCCAAUCUUACUGAUUAUCUGGAGACUCAUCUUGCUAUGAAGCUAGAUUUGGAUGGGUCGUCUGAUAAUAAAGUUUCCAAGAAACAUGUUCGAUUGUCGAAAGUUGCUUGUGCUGCUUUCGUUCUUGGCAGUGAGGGACGCUUGAAGCUGGUUGUGGCUGGUGAUCAGGAUGAUGGGGAUGGAGAUGAGGUUGGGCUUCCUUUCGAAGCCAGUGGUGCAAUUCUUCGGUCUAUUAUCCGAAGGGCCGUCAUUGGAGAUCAGGCUGCUACGUGA